AAGUGGCAGGGUAAUUGGUAAUUGGAUCUGCUUUAGUAGUCUCAGGAUUCCCUAUUCCAGAGGAAUGGGGGAUGUUCAGCUGAUCAUAUAGCCCGGCUGAGUUAAUGUUUCUACCCUUAUAAUGCUCAUUCUCUCUUCAUAAGUAGUAUCAUCUCUUUCAUUCAAUUUACAUAAAAUUUGUGGAGCUCCUAAGGAACUUCAGUGCUUCAUCUAGCUGCAUUGUAUCUUGCUCAUGCGCACCCUUGUACGCUUCUUAUUUAGGCUGUCUGUCUAGAGUAGAAGGCCUUCAAGAAAGGGACUCAUUUGUUAUCUCUAAAAUACUUUGAAUGCUCUGGGUGCCAUACAAAUAGUACUCAGAGGUAUAUCACAUUAUGGUAACAAAAAAUGGUUUCUGUUAGUUUCGGGUAACUAAAACAGCAUCACAGUGAGAAUAAGAAGAUGAGCUUUGCUUCCAUCAAACUCAGUGGUAAUCCUUCAAGUGUCUGAAGUGCUGUGAUUGACUUAGUAUUGCUCUUAGAGGCCUCAGUUGAGACCUCAUUAUGCUAGGUACUGUACUAUUUUAAGAGUUUAUGAUCAGUAGACAAAACAAAGUAGAGACUGGGGAAACUGAAAGUGAAGUGACUUGCCCAUGGUCACACCACAGGCUAGUGGCAGAGCUGGGAACAAAGCUCAAGUUUCCUGAGUCCCAGUCCAGUCUUCUAUUCAAUGGCCCACACUGCCGUCCCAGUGAAACAGCCAUACUCUUCCCAGUUUUCUUUGUUAAACACAUAACAAAUGGGUCCAGAAUAAAAGCAGAAACUGCUCAGCAGGACCCAUUCCUGUACGCACAUCUGAGAAUGAUCAAGGAUAUGUUGUUUGAAAGUAACAGAACACGAUUGCUGCUCUGCUGUUUCAAAUGAUUAGAUCAAGUGUAUUUUGUGACAUUGAUGGUGCUAUUGCUACCUAAUUAUUCCAUGUAGUGACCUGAGUACAUGGGUAAUAACCAUUGCAGGUGCAGUCUCUUUUAUGUUCUUUAAAAUGAACAAAAAAUGGAGAGAGUUGAUCACUUGGACAUUUGAUGAGUGAUUCUGUUGUAGAGAGUGUCUUAUUGGGAGUCCAUCUUUUUAUCCGAACAUGGAUAAAAUGAUAGCUAACUUACAUAUUGUAUAUGUUCCUAAGGACACCGUGAUAGGCAAGUUUGCUAAAUAAACAGUAGCAAAUACUCCACCUUUAGCUUCAAUGGUCUGUGUUGAUUUCUCUAUUUAAUUUUAAUGUGCACAUUCCCUUGCUGUGUGUCUUUUAAAUCAGGAAUCUGGUGCGGGAAGGUUUUUCAGUAUAAGUCACCACUGUUUAGUAAGCAAACUGACUUGAUUAAAAUCAGACUGCUUCCCAAUUGGCUAGGCAUUGUUUGUACAAAUGUUUUUAUUUCUUUAUCAGGUGUGUAUUUAAAUGAUGUUCCAUACCAACGCAGAUAGGGAACCCAUACUUGGGUGUUAAGCAAAAACUUGAUAAAGUGACAAUGAAGAGCUUGUGGAUCUUCCUUGCUGUUUUAUUCGUCCCAUGGGGCUUUUCUUUGGCCAAAUUCGAUGAAUUUGAGGACGGAGAUGACGUUGUGGAGUACGAUGAUAAUGACUUUGCUGAGUUUGAAGAUGUUACUGAAGAUGUAACCACAGAAUCUCCCCAGAGGAUCAUAACCACAGAAGAUGAUGAGGAGGAGGCCACUGUGGAGCUUGAAGGUCAAGAUGAAAAUCAGGAGGACUUUGAUGAUGCAGAUGCACAGGAAGGAGAUACUGAGAGUGAGCCAUAUGAUGAUGAGGAAUUUGAAGGCUAUGAAGAAAAAACAGAUGCAUCUCCCAGCAAAAGCAAAGACCCCAUAACAAUUGUUGAUGUCCCUGCACAUCUUCAAAACAGUUGGGAGAGUUACUACAUGGAGAUCUUGAUGGUAACUGGUCUUCUUGCUUACAUCAUGAACUACAUCAUUGGGAAGAAUAAAAACAACCGGCUAGCUCAGGCCUGGUUCAACACUCACAAGGAGUUGCUGGAAAGUAACUUCGCCCUUGUUGGGGAUGAUGGGACAAAUAAAGAGGCCACAAGCACAGGGAAGCUCAACCAAGAAAACGAACACAUAUAUAACUUAUGGUGCUCUGGCAGGGUGUGCUGUGAGGGAAUGCUUAUUCAGCUAAAGUUUCUCAAGAGGCAAGACCUUCUGAAUGUACUUGCUCGUAUGAUGAGGCCAGUCUGUGACCAAGUGCAAAUAAAAGUAACAAUGAAUGAUGAAGAUAUGGAUACCUAUGUGUUUGCUGUUGGAACAAGAAAAGCCUUAGUGCGACUUCAGAAGGAAAUGCAGGACCUGAGUGAGUUCUGCAGUGACAAACCCAAGUCUGGGGCAAAGUAUGGGCUUCCAGAGUCGCUGGCUAUCCUGUCAGAGAUGGGAGAGAUCACGGAGGGAAUGAUGGACACAAAGAUGGUACAUUUCCUCACACACUAUGCUGACAAGAUAGAGUCCGUCCAUUUUUCAGACCAGUUCUCCGGUCCAAAACUUAUGCAAGAGGAGGGUCAGCCUUUAAAACUGCCCGACACUAAAAGGACACUAUUGUUUACAUUUAAUGUGCCUGGUUCAGGCAACACUUCCCCAAAGGAUAUGGAGGCUUUGCUGCCUUUGAUGAACAUGGUUAUUUAUUCUAUUGACAAAGCGAAAAAGUUCCGUCUAAAUAGAGAAGGUAAACAAAAAGCUGAUAAGAACAGGGCCAGAGUAGAAGAGAACUUCCUUAAAUUGACUCACGUGCAAAGGCAGGAGGCUGCCCAGUCCCGCCGGGAAGAGAAGAAACGGGCAGAGAAGGAGCGAAUUAUGAACGAGGAAGAUCCGGAGAAACAGCGCCGGCUGGAGGAAGCUGCUUUGCGACGUGAGCAGAAAAAACUUGAGAAGAAGCAGAUGAAGAUGAAGCAAAUAAAAGUGAAAGCCAUGUGAAACCGUUGUGGGAAACUAUCUCUCAGUGCCAUGUGUAGACUUUUAAUUCACAGGGUACAAAGAACUAGUUAAUUUCAUAACCUUACACUUCUUCAAACGCUAUUGGCCAUUAAGAGAAAUGCUCUUUGCAUCCACACUACUUAACAAUUAAUUUGGGUAUUACAGCAACAUACAGAUAUGUACAGAGGGUGUUUGUCUCUGCAACUUUCUUCCAGGUAGUUUGAUUAUUUUGCUACUUCUGAUGCUUUAAAAAAAAAAAAACAAAAAACUCAAACUUGCAAUAUCCCUUGAAUGCCUUUUAUGAUUUUUAAAACAAAAAAAGAUUAUAAAACUUUUAAUCUUUACCAGUAACUUUACAUCAGUGCUUUGAUUUAGAUUUUUAAUGUUGCAAGUAAUUUUUUCCACUUAAUUUAGGGGGAGGAAGAUAGCUCCCCCAUGUUAGUGAAAUUGCACAAUAAAUAUUGGUGUGUUUCUAUAUCUGCACCAAGCUUGUAAAGGUGCAAAACAUAGUUCCUUCCACAUACGGUAUGGAUAUUUCAGGGAUUUAAAACCAGUAUAGUUCAGAAAGAUAACUUUUUUUUUUUUUUUUUUUUUUUUUUGCAAACACAGGGCACUGAAACAGUAUUGCACAUUCUAUGCUAUGGUUGGCAUAAAGAUAAAAGCUGUAGAUCGGUUAGAUAUCAGGGAAUGGCAUACAUGAGUACCGUUUCUUAUCUGUAGUUGUGAAUGUUGAAAGCGUAAUACAAUGUGAAUUCUGUACUUUGUGUUUCUUCUUCAGAAGCGAAUGCAUGGUGAGUUGGCAACUUCAUCUAGAUUUGAAUACUCUUAACUGUACAAAGUUGCCUCUUAAAUAUUUUCCUCUUUUUGAUAACAGCUGCUGCCUAUUUAAUGUUCAGCAAGGGGCUAGAUUUGCAAUUAAAUGACUGUGCAACUUCCCUUUUCCCUAAGCAAGGAAAAAAAUGUUUAGAGGUUAUAUAGUUUUUUGAUCUGUUGAAAUAGUUAUUUAUUUCAGGAUUUUAAGAUUGAAGUGGAGGGAGAGAUGCGUGUGGAGGUAGGGGGAAGAAAUGGACACAAUUGUACAAGUAUGCUGCUGUCUAAGCACUGCAUUUUAUUGAUGUUUCCUACCUAGAAAGCAUUUUAUUAGGGUUUUUUUUUUUUGGUAACCUACUUUCUGCAGUUGAUUUUCUGGGGAAAUAAUUUGGAUGUCUUUCUCUUGCAUUUUCUUGUUUGAUGCUUUGUGUAAAUAACUGUUCUGAGGCAAUAACAAUGAGCUGCUGUUGAAACAGUAUGUACUAAAAGCCUUUGUUACAGCAUGAGACAUUUUACAAUGAUUUGAAUGCAAAAAUCUGUAAUGUGAUAGACAUACAAAUAUAAUCAUUUUAUAACAGCUGAUUGAAAAGUAAUUUAAAGCCAAAAAUAGCGUAAAAUUAUGUAUAAUUUUACUCUUUUAGCUCUAUUUAGCUUGAGAGGGUGCAAGUCAUACAAUUUCACAAAAUUCUUUUUAAAGAAAGUAUUUGUGCUCUUUUGAGUAAAUACAAUGCUUUGCUGAAGUUCCAUACACUUUUGGGCCAUGGCAGCUAAUUUUGUAAUAUGAACAUUCAUACAAACUAUCUAUGAAAAGAGUAAAAUAUAACUGAAACAUU